CAAUGACGGCCUGAGAUCGUCACUUCCGCUUCCGGUGUCACUAUUGACGCUAGCACUAACUCUAAGCUGCGUGUUUGUUUGUUUUCACGCAAUAUAUUCAUUACUUAUGUACACUUAGCAGAGAACAUGUUAACAUCGGGGUUAAUUUGUUGACACAAUAUCGUGUGGGAGCGUGAAUGUUAGCUAACACCAGCAUCAUGGCAAGCGCUGCUAAUGCUAAUGCUAAGCUAAACGCAGUGCGGGAGACUAUGGACGUGUUACUGGAGAUCUCCAAGCUGCUCAACACCGGCCUGGACAUGGAGUCUCUGUCCAUCUGUGUCAGGCUGUGUGAGCAGGGCAUCAACCCCGAGGCUCUGUCGGCCGUCAUCAAGGAGCUGAGGAAAGCCUCGGACACCCUGAAGGCUGCUGAAAACUGCACAAACUAAAAGUGAGGCCAUUCGUUUGGACUGGAACACACGUGUGUGUUGUACCUGCACUAUGGACGCUCCGGUCUGUUGUCUUCAUGACAUCCUGUCCUCUCUCUGUCCCCCUCCAUCCUUGCCUUAAACUAACGGGGGACACCUGCCAUCUAUGAUAGUAUAUUUUUAUUUUAUUCACAAAGUGUCGUUUGCUUUUGUUACCUCCGCGUAAACAUGCAUUGUUUGAGAGUCAAACCUGAAAAGUGGAAAUGAAAGCUCCCGUCAGCAGCCACUAGGGGGUGCUGUGGCUUACAAUAGAACGUGCGUGUGACCGUUCAACUUCAAAAUGUGCAACUUCCCAAUGCAACGCUCACAAUGUAAUCCUGGAAUGAAACAUUUCACAGUGCAAUGCCCUGCAUGAAGAAGUACUCCGUGGCAACUGCAGUCUUUAUAUUGCAUGACGUGUCAAUGAACAACUGCAGGAACACAUUAAAAAGAUGUGGAAGUUCUUAGCGGAUCAAAAAGUCCUUUUUCCAACACAUUGGAAUGACACCAUCCAUUAUUCUAUGUCUGUUAUGUUUUGGUUAUUGUUUGCGAGGAAAACAACAUGGCAGACAUAUUUUGCUACGUUUUUAAGGCCGACCCCCAAAAAAUGUUGAUUUUUUUGUUGUGGUGGGGGUAUCAUUUUAGCUAGCAAACAAUGUUAAAAUAUAAAAAUAGUUUUCUGUACGAAAAGAUGACGCAUGAUCCUAUAUUAUGCAUUAUAGUUGGUUAGAACGUUAUUCUCAAACUGUGUUACCGGCUCCAUCUAGUGGUACGCCAAAGAAUCACUUCAUUAAAUACUCAAACACGGUGUUACUGUUCAAACUGUGUAAAGUGUUGCAGUGGUCAAAAUGAUGAAAUAUACUUGUUAAAUAAAACCUCUGCCUUGCUUUUAAUGAAUACUUAGGCCUACUAUGCUACUCUAUGUUAAUGGUGGUGCCUUUAAAAUAAAGGAAAAACACUAUUUUGAAACUGGAGUGAGUAGAAAGCGCCACCAAAAAAAAAAACAUCCAG